CCUCCUGUUGCUGAAACCUGGCUUGUGACCCGACUACUCUCUAUUCGCUGCCCUGUACCGUUCUGCCUCUGCUUUUACCGACCUGGCCUGCCUGACUACGCUACACGUCUGCCAGCCUCUUCACAUCAGGCUCUCUUCCGAUACAUACCUCCGGCGGUUCCCUCUACCACAGUCGGGUGCACUCAGGGGUCGCAACCUGGUCUCAGUCUGCUCCAAGUCCAUCCCCACCAUCAGGGGCCCUGGUGAAUAAGCAGAUUGGGGCUUAG